AUGUCUGCGAAUGGAUACAAAUCUAAUAUAUUCUGUCGACCGUUUGAUUAGAGUGCUAGCCCCCGGUCAUGCAACUCUCCUGGCGAGCCACACGCAUACUUCCUAGUUCGCAUUGCUGGCAUUCGUUGCAUUCAUUGAUUGCCGAAAUCUGUAUUUGUUGUGUGUAACCCUUUCGUCUACUUUCACCAAAUUUUCUCCUUCACUGACUGACAUCGCCCACAAUUUGCGUUUAUCUGUGGAUUUUUACUGUCUGGUUGUGUUCUCGGUGUGUUUUAUCGGAGGUGAACUUCAAAGCCCCUGAAAUAGAAUGGCCCAGAGGCUUAACAUCACGAUACCGGGGCCCGGCCCGUGGGGCUUCCGUCUCGCCGGUGGUAGGGACUUUAACCAGCCGCUGUACAUUUCCAAGGUAACAAACUUUAGCAAGGCACAGCGAGCUGCUAUUCUGGAGAAUGAUACCAUCCUUGCCAUCAAUGGAUAUGACAUGACCAACAUAACCCAUCUGGACGCCCAGAACUUCAUCAAGAGUGCCACUGGCAACCUGUCCUUUACUCUAGAAAGGUCUGAGCAGGCCACUAUCUGGACACCAGAGGUCAGUGAGCAGGCAGAUACUGGUAUCAAUAUUUCACUCAAGGCUAACAAACAGCAAUUCCAGCAUGCAGGAAGCAGUCACAACGCCAAACCCCGCCUCUUCCCUGGAUCGGGCGGGGGAGCGGCCCAACAACCCCAGUCGGCUCCAAACGUGGUCCACAAACAGUUCAACUCUCCAGUGGGGAUCUACUCCGCCCAGAAUGUAGCCGACAGUUACAGAGGACAAACAGAGGGCAUGGCACCAACCAAUAGAUAUGAUGACGAUCAACAAGCCCCGGCUGCCUGGCAGAAACCCUCUGCGUAUGCUCCAGGGUCCAGCCAAGGCCCCAGGUCAACCAGCUUCAAGAAGGUUCAACAACUAGCUGGAGAAGAUGAUAGAGGUUAUGGUGGUCAGCAAACCUCAGCCCCAGCCCAAGCCCCUGCCCCAGCCCCUGGAUACCGACCAGGUGGAACUCGCUCUGUGAGGGCUCCCGUUGCCAAGCCAACCACUGGGGGCUCAAAACCAGCGAAUGCCUUGCCAGUCUGCCACAAAUGUAACCAGAAUAUCAUGGGUCCGUUUGUGAAGGUACGUGGUAACCCUCUCCAUGAUACCUGCUUCACCUGUGAAUCGUGUGCCUCAUCUCUACGCAAUAAAGAUGAUGGUGAAGAAGGAUUCUUUGUCAUCAAUGAGUUGCUGUACUGUGAAGCCUGCAAGAAUCGCAUCCAGCAUCAGCCUGGUCAAGUCAACGGAAGCUCAGCCAAGUCUGCACCAAAGUCUCCUUCAAAGCCAGGACCUCCUAAAGUUUCCAAUGAUGGCGAUCAGGUACACCAGAAUGGGGCGUCCACUGCACAUCUGUCUUAUUCCGCGCCCCCUCCGCCCGAGCCAGCAAGCUACGACACCCCGCAGGCGAACUCUGAUUGGCCUGCAGACACAGCAUCAUUCCCAGACCCGCCCUCAUUCCUCACAGAGCAUGCUCCCAUCACCUCACACAGCAGGAACGGUAACGGAGACACAACCGACUCUGGUUACUCGGACCAUCAGCAAGACGAUUUACCCGCGCCGCCCUCAUCGAUGACGACGGGUAUUAAAGCAGUACUCAACGCCCCAGAGCCGUGGAACCCCAGCGAGAGUUACACCUCGCCCGUCAUCCGCAGUGUUAGGGCACCCAUGGGCAAGUCGUUGGCAAGGUCGCCCUCUCCGGCUGAUUCUAACAGUGUCCCUGAAGAUGGUGUCAAGGUCAUGUUUGUUCCUAAGAAUCAUUUGGGUAAGCCACCUAGUCAGGUAGCAGGCCGUACUACUACUACUACCAAGACCUUCACCACCUCGUACCAGGCUUCACCCAAUACAGUUGAAGACGAUAUGGCAGCUCCUCCACCACCACCACCCCCUCAAAUAGGUGCAACAAACUUUGCCUGGAAAUCCGAUGGUCCCUCGGCGCCCCGCCCCAGCCCUCCCCCAGCUGCUUACAGGCCGGGUCCACCCCGUGCCCCUAAAGGCCAGCCCCCUAGGUCCGUCUUCCCCCAGCCUCCUCCAUCCAUGUUGGGCCAGCGGGCUUCACCCGUAGCACCUCCACCGGCCCAGAGAGGCCCUCCGGUGGCUCCCCCUCCGGCCCAGCGGGGACCGCCAGUUGCACCCCCUCCAGCUCAGAGGGGACCGCCAGUCGCACCCCCUCCAGCACAGAGGGGGCCACCCGCGCCACCCCCACAGGGCCAGAGGGGACCACCAGCCCCUGCCCCUGGCCCAGCCCAACCCAGGCCUGGAGGAGCAGUGGCGCCUGCUGCGUCUGCUGGAAUGACCCGUACGCCCUACUGCGAGGGAUGUAACGAUCCUGUAAGGGGCACUUUUGUGACUGCCUUUGGACGCAACUGGCACCCAGAACACUUUGUAUGUGCCCACUGCCAUGAGAACCUGCAGGGCAAGGGAGUGAUCGAGGAUAAGGGCAAGAUCUACUGUGAAGAGGACUACAUGAGGCUUUAUGCUCCAAAGUGUGCCAGCUGUAUGGGAUCUAUUACUGGGGAAUGUGUGAAGGCGAUGGGGGCUGAAUACCACCCUGCCUGCUUCACAUGUGUGGUGUGCAGCCAACCAAUCACAGGAGAUGGAUUUCACAUGCAAGACGGAAUGAUGUACUGCAAAAGGGAUUUCCAGAACAAGUUCCGAGGGGUGAACUGCGGAGGCUGCAACUUCCCCAUCGAGGCUGGGGAAGCUUGGCUAGAAGCCCUGGAUAAAUCUUACCAUGCAGAAUGCUUCACUUGCGCGCAAUGUAGCCAGCGCCUGGAGGGACAGCGUUUCUACGCAAAAGCAGGCCGUCCCUACUGCCAGGCUCACGGCUCAUAAUGUAGUCAUGGCAACGCUAUGCAACACAAGUAGUAUACAGUUAUUUAUUGGAGUUAUUGGGCUUUAUAAUUACCUAUCUUGUAACAUACCUGAGGUUUAGUUAGAAUGUGCACUAAGAUUUUGAAUCGCCCAUUUUUUUCAAUUUUCUUAUUUAUGAGAGAUAAACUCACUUAGAACAAACAGUGAUCAAAUUUGAAAUUGAAUCAUACUUGUUUCAUGUGUUAUUUGAGGUUACUAAAAUCUUCCACACAUUUCAACACUAUGAUACUUGGUUGAGAUCAAAGGGUGCAGGGAAAUGAACAUUUCGAAUGCAAUGCAUGGACUAAUUAAAGAAAGAUAUUGUAUUUAUUAUCUGUUAAUUUUGUAGAUUUAGAAGGAAAAAAAUAAUUUUUCCCCUUUUAAUUGAAUACGCUGUACAAAGAAAGAGUGGCUUCAUAGUUAUGUAUGUUGAGUGAAUGUGAGUUGGGAAAAGGGAUAAAAAGGAGACAUAAAGUAUUUAUUUGUAAGGUAUGAUACAAAGCAAGCAUUGAUGUUAAAAAUGUAAGGUCACUGUAAUAUUGUGAUGGGUCAAUGCGAUUUAAGAUAAAAAAUGAGACGACUUUGAGUUUGUGAUGCCAAUUUGCUUUGCUUCAGUGACGCAACGUGAUUGGUGAAAAUGGCCGGUGGAUAUACAUGUUUGCACUGUAGCAGAGCAAAGCUUUAUAUACAGAGCUCGCCAUGACAACCACAGUUCAAUCGCCACGGUGAUACACAACAGUCAGUGGCCUUGAAUGGAAAUGUUUAAAUGCAAUCUAUUCGUGUUUGUGAUGUCUUGUUUGUUAUGCUUACAAGCCAAUGAUGUCUCAAUAUGCAGAUAUCUUGUUGGACGAAGGAUUUUUGAUAGAAAGAAUUCUUUUGUCGCCUUGAGUGCCAAAUAUUGUUGAUUUAUUUGAUGGCGAAAUCUACAUUUACAUGUAUCUGUAUGUGGGGAGGGACUGCAAAUGCAAAGAAAUGCAUUGUUUGUAGUAGUUGUCAUAUUUUUCAUCCAUUAUCAGAUAUAUGUCGUUAGACAUUUUUUGUUAUUGAGUUGUUUAUAGCAUUGUUCACAGCAUUAAAUUGGAAACCUUAUAAACAAAGAGAUUUUCAAAUGCAGAGAGACUAACAAAUUUACAAAUCCAUCUUUAAACUAUCCGAUGGGAGUUCUUUUUCAACUGUAGUGAAAUUAUUGUUUCAGAUUUUAAAAUAAAAAUAUUUAUAUCCUUCAAUAUAUAUCAGCUGUGUGUUACACUCAUAGCAGUAGACUGUAUAGAACUAUUUAUUUCAUUUUAUAAAAACCAUUUAUUACGCAAAAGGCUUCAGCAAUAUGUUUUAUAACGUAGGUAAAAAGAAAUCAUUAUGUCCGUUAACUAAUUUUUGUGGUGUAUAUUAUAUGUAUUUGUGGGGAGUAUUAAAACAAAAUUGUAUAUACUUGCUAGAAAGCGAGAGGAACAACUUGGACAUGAGUAAGAUUAGUCUUUAGUGCACUAGGAAAUAUGGGUUCUGACAUUAUAUAAUCAGUAUAUAUAUAAAUAUAUUUUACAAGUAUAAUACCAAUCGUAGCCUACUGAUUUUGAAUGAAUACUGAAGUACUAUUGCUUGAUAGUUAAAUGAAGGAAGAAAACUAUGGACAGGUUUAAUGUGUGUGUGGUAUGGUAGUUCAUAUGUAAUGAUAAGAAAUGUAAAUAUAUACUUUUUUUCUCAGAAAAUGCAUGUGGUUUUAUGUUAUGCUAUAUAGUGGACGAUGAUAUUUUAAUCACAGUUUUAUGAUCUAUCGGGGCGAUGUCUUAUGCAUUGUCUUAAAUGCUUUGGAGAGAGAAUGUUAAAAGGUCAGUGCACUGUGAAAUGAAUAACGUAAUGGAAUUGAAUUUUGAUUGUAAAACAAAAUACUGGCACUGCAUAUGGCAUCAUUAAUCUUAAAUGUAGUCAUGAUAGUUCAUAUUGACCUUGAUAUUGUAUUUAAUGUACAUUUAAAGGGAAACAAGAUUUUGAUUCAUGUGAGCAAUGUCUAAAUAAUAUUGAGUAGACUUAAAUAUAUAUUUUUCGUAAUUUCAACUCAACAUUAAUUUAAAGAAAAACAACUGCAUUUGAUAAUGGUGUGUAUCAAUUUACAAUAUGCAUUGAUAGCAUAUUUAUAUUUUUAAAAAAUGAAUUUAAAAACGGUAAAUUAUUAACUUAUUAUGUAGCAAUAAUGGUCACAUGUUUGUAAUCUUUCAGUUUAAUAUGCUUGUGUGGUCGUAUGAUUGCUAAUUUGACAUUUUGAGCUUAUUAUUACCCAUCAUGCUCAGCUUCUAGCCUUUUCGUAGUUUGCUUGUUAUCACCUGAGCAAAAUCAAAGUCUUCCAUAGAUUUCUUAGAGCCUUUCACUGUAUCAUAGAAUCAUUGAAAUUAUAUGUGCCUCUCAAAAUAAAAGAUGAAGAAAUAAAUGUGGAAAAUGAUGAGUAUAGUCUUGGCUAUCUUAAAUAAGGACAAAAUAUAUCAAAUAAUGUAUAAUUAUGUUGUGACGUAAGAUAUUUGAGCAUGCAUCAUGUUGAUGCAAAACCAAAGUGAACCGUCUUUUAGAGUGCAGUGAUUAAUGAAGAAAAAAACGUUAAAAAUCCAAAAAAUCCAUCAUGGUGUUUUCUCUAAGGCAAAUUACAAUAGAAAUGCUUUAACUGUCUUCCAGUUUCUUCUUUUUCCCCUCUUCAAAUCAUUAAGAUUGUGGAUGUUUUAUGUUGUUUUAAGGCCAUGAAUUAACUGAUGAUUGGAGAAAUCUGUGAGAUGAUUGGAUUUAUUUUGUGGGGAAGACGUAGCUUAAACACCUUGCCUUAUCCAAGUAUGUAAAACAAUGUUUCAAUAGCAUUUUUUUUUCUUCAAUUGGAUUGGGAAAAAUUUAAAAAGGUUUAAAAUGGUCUUGAUAAUUUUCUUUAGUAAAGAGAGGAAAUAUUUACAAAAUCUACACAUUUGUGAACACCAGCAAUAUCUUUUUUAUUGUUAUUUGAUUUUCAUGCUAAUUUAUUGUCACCUUUGUAUAAGAAAGUGCUUUCACUAUUGGGAAAUAAAGCAUGCAAUCUUUUAGGCAACAAUUUUU